UUCACUCAGAGGCAGUCACACACCAAUUUGCGCACAGACCGUGGAAAAAUAGCGGCAGAAAAUGGCUGACUUAACCGGGCAUCGCGAGCCCUCAACAGCAUCAUCAACAUCUCCGGGGCUGUUCCCAAGCUUGACAUUCGCCGUUGGGCAACUUUAAAGCAGCCCCGCCUUAUCCAGCCAUCCACCGCAAAUAUUGACAAAGCUAUUAUAAAAAAUGGCAGAGAUGGAAAAAGAGGGCAGACCCCCCGAAAAUAAAAGAAGCAGAAAACCGGCUCACCCCGUGAAAAGGGAAAUCAACGAAGAAAUGAAGGUUCGGGCUGAGCGGGCCCGCCCAUGGGCAGGCAAGGCGGGUGAUCUCCAUGGCAACCCACCCUACUCCAUGAGUUUUGCAGAGAACACUAUGAACGAACUGCUGGGCUGGUACGGCUAUGACAAGGUAGACCUGAGAGACCAGGACAACAUCGACAUACGGAACUACCCAGAUGGAGAGGUACAACACAUCUCUGUCCUGAAAGAAAACUAUUUGCCAAAAAUCCCAGGAGGAUCGGGGGAGAACAGCGAUGUCUCCCCAAACCAAGCCAAUAGCUCCCACUCUACACCGACAUCGAGGAACGGAGUGACAGAGUCCUCCACCACUCCGUCCACCUCCACACCCAGCACCAGGGAGCAUGGGAACAUGCCGAUCAUAGUCCCACUGAUCCCACCCCCCAUGAUCAAGCCACCAGCAGACGAGGAUGUGUCUAACGUCCAGAUCAUGUGCGCGUGGUGUCAGAAGGUUGGCGUCAAACGCUACUCCCUCAACAUGGGCACUGAGCUGAAGAGCUUCUGCAGUGAGAAGUGCUUUGCCGCCUGCCGCAGAGCCUACUUCAAGAGAAACAAGCUUGGAUAUUUAAGGAAUUACAGUGCGAGAGACGAAGACGGCCAUGGUGAGAAAUUACCCCAGCACAGCUAUUCUAAGGAUACGCCCAGGCUUGUCUUCAAAACAAACAGCGAUGUGCUUGUGUGUGACUGGUGCAAACACAUCCGCCACACCAAGGAGUACCUGGACUUUGGUGCCGGAGAACGGAGGCUGCAGUUCUGCAGUGCCAAAUGCCUGAACCAGUACAAGAUGGACAUCUUCUACAAAGAGACUCAGGCGGCGCUGCCGGGGGGCCUGUGUAACUCAGGACACGGCCCUGUGGAGGGCAAGUCAGAGAGCAGCACCGGGUUGCAGCUCUUAACCCCCGAUUCCUGGGGCACACCUUUGGGUGACUUACGCCGCAAAGCCCCUUCCCCUGGGGGAAACUCCUCUGUGCUAGUCCCCUCCAGCUCCACCGCUGCCUCUCCCUCUGAGACAGGCACUGUCUGCUCUCCUUCUUCCUCGUCUGCCAAAAACCCCACGCCCAGACCCCACGAGAGUCAAACCUUACCCCCUCCCCCACACCCCUCUCUGCACCCUCCCAUGGGAGUCCCCUCGGGCAGCCCCCCCAUGGUGAUGACGCCCCGGGGGCCCGUGCCCCUGCCCUUCUUCAUGGAGCAUCAGAUGAUGCAGCAGAUGCGCCCGUCGUUCUUCCGCCCACCUCCCCACGGCCCAGGCCCCAACAGCCCUCUGUCCAACCCCAUGAUCCCUGGCAUCGGACCACCACCCCCACCACCCAGAACCCUGGCUCCGCCGUCCAGCCCUAUGCACAGGCCCCAGUUCUCACCCCACCACCACCCCGCCAACAACCCCAACCUGGGAGGGAACCUUCCAGGGAUGAUGCCACCCUAUCCAGGCCUACACAUACCCGGUUUUCCUUUCCCCUCCAACAUGAUGCCAAAUGGGCCCAUGCAUAUGCCGCACAUGAUGAACUUCGGUAUACCUUCCCUCGCACCCCUGGUGCCUCCGCCAACCCUGCUGGUCCCUUACCCUGUCAUCGUGCCCCUGCCGGUGCCCAUCCCUAUCCCCAUACCCUUCCCCUUCAACCCCAAGACCUCCAACGACAACCCCAGCAACAACAACAACCCCAUUCCCAGUGCGUCGGGGGAGACCACUGAUCCGACAGAGCCCAAGCCUUUCUCCCCUAGUUCCUCCAGAGAAGAACUGAAGUUGGGGCCCUCCAGUUCUGGGGUGCACUCCUUGGACUUCUCUGGCUACACUCUGGGCCGCUUUGGCUCUGAGAGGAGUAGGACUGACAUGGUGGACCUGACCGUGAAGACUGAGAGUCCGGGGAGUGCCACAACCUUGGGCCUCUCGCUCUCUGGUGGCCCCGCGGCCUCCCUCCCCGAGGGAGUGAUCGACCUGACUCUGGGCCGGCGGUCGCGGCUGCAGCAGGUCAUCCAGCGGGUGGUGCCCAGUGUCCAGGUGAAGGUGGAACCGGACAGGGACUCAUCCAGCCCCCCACCCUCUGGACCAUCCCCUCUGGAUGCCUCUGUGAAGGGGGACAGCAGCCUAGAGGACAUGAGCCAGGAGGUCAGGGAGGCCAUUAGUGUCUCUCUGGAGCCAAACUCCCUAUCUUGUUGCCAGGCCACAUCACCAUCCCCCCAGCCAAACCAAAACUCCUACCCCACCCAGCUCACAAACCACCCUGGCACCCCACAGAGACAGCCCUGCAACCCCGCUGCCCCCUUUAAUGUCAUAGUAAACGGCAGCAGUCAAUCCACAGACAGUCCCGGCAGGAGCACGUUACCCACACCUCCGUCUGACCCUGGCCGGAGAGGAGGAGGUGGCGAACCGGCCAACUGUGAGCUGGAGCGGGAGGCGCUGAAGGAGAACAGCUGCUCAGUGGCAGAGUGGGAACCAGGUAAGAGGGGCCCGAGUGAGGAGGCAGCACACGGGGGCACUGAUGAAGGCAAGCUGGAAGCUUACGGCGACCUUAUGGAUCUGGACGAUGAUGACGACCACGCCUAUGCACUGCCCCUGCUGCUGCCCAAGGCUGGCUGUGUCAUCCAGCCUGUGCCAAAGCCCAACGACAAGACGGCCAUCGUGUCCUGUAGCAUCAGCGCUCCCCUGGCGGCAGGGGCAGGGAGCCCCGAGCUGGAGCUGCCACUAAAGAGGAGGUGCCUGCGAAUACGCAAUCAGAACAAAUGAGGCAGAAAAGCUCAGACAGGUGGCAGUAUUUCCCCAACAGAAUGAGGGACGCUUUUAAGCUGUUGACAACACUAGCCUUCAACCAUCCGCUCCUCCACUCCACGAACCUCUCUCCAAGCCAACCAGCCAUGUAACCCUAAUCUUGACCACUCAGACCACCCACACUGCCCAUCUCCCUUCCUUCCAAAGCAAAUGCUCUGUCAGAUCUCUGCUAUCCAACUGAGAAGCCACAAUGCUAACCCAAUAGGUUUACCAGCAGUUUUAUGUUAGCUGGAAGAGGCCUAAGGUAGCAUUUUUAGCCAGUCUGUUCCACAGUGAAAGGUGGAGUUUUUAUUUGGCAAGAAAUUCAGGCUAAAGUCAUCCCCACCCGCCCGCCCCCUCCUUUGCAUGAUCACAACCAGUACAAAAUGCUAACCUCCAACCCCCAUCCCACCAUUGACAGUGACAGGACUUUUGUUUUGAACUGGUAACCAAAAAGAGACAUCUCAUGAUGGAAGGUAACAAUCAGAAGGAUACAUUUUUUGAGCCUCAUGUGUUCAGGAAUAAGAAGAAGAAAAAAGGGGAGCGGUGAAAUCCUUGUGUUCUGACUGUAGCACUCUCCAUCCCUGGAGAUACCUGGGGCCCCCUGCCAUCACAAAGCCUUUCUCUAUUGGAGCAAUGGGGAUAUCUCCACAAUAAAAGGAGACCUUGGCACUAUUGAUCUGCUCCUCUUCAGUGGGUUUCAUGUUCAUAAAAGACAAGGAUUUUCAAGUAUAUCCUCACACACUGAUUUGUGGACAACAGGGUAGAGAUCUCACCAGCAAAAGACGGUGGGCAACUGUGGACUGUGCAAUCUCUGCCAUCGUGGAGGCCAUUUUGCUUCUCUGCAAGCCGCUGGUCAGACGAAUCAGAUGUGUAAUUCUAAUUCUUAUCAUUUAUAUAUUUACAUUUUUUACAUCCUAAUGCUAUUGAUGAUAAUGAUAUACUGUAUCUUCAGUCACAUCUCUGAUGUGUACAGUAAGGUUAUGGUAAUGGAGUGACUUCCAUCAUGGAAACAAAAACAAGACUGCUGCUCAUCACACCGCAGAGGGAUUGCGUCAAUUGAGAGUUCAGACCACACCCAUUAGCAUUGUUUCAUCACUAGUGCUCAGGGUUGUAAUGUUGCACUAGGAUUUACCAUUGACAAGGGAUGCUGACUCUCUCUUAAAAUGAAAUUUGCUUGUCAUUCUUAGAUAAUUCUCUGGAAACACUGGUCCAAAUGUACUGUAUAACUAUUUGUAAAGCCAAACUACUGAAAGAAAUUAAUCAAUUCUUUAAUCAGUCACACAUGUUGUCAUAAAUAGUCAUAUUUACAUUAUGAUAUGGGGAAUCAUCUCACUUCCCUGUCCAUCAUCCUGUUCUGCAUUUGGUCAUUUGCCAGUGUUAAUCUGUCUGCAUUAUAACAUUUUGGCUGUGUUUAUUUUGCUUCAUCAGAGUUUAUACUGCCGGUAGACACUAACAUUUUUGCCAUCUAUUUAUUUACUACGUUUUGGUGUCAUUACGUUUGCUAUGGCUUCAUGGAGGAAUUGUUUGCUCAAUUAUCUUGUAUAUCUAGUAUGUCUUCAAAUCUUUUGGUGCAAAGAUUAAAAGAUUUUUCCGCAUAGACUUCUUUCAACAUCAAAUUUCCUUUUUCGAUUUUCAUGCUCAAUCUUGCCUGCCAAAAUCUCCACCUUCUUGCCAACUUAUUUUUCCAUCUCUCCAUUUCCCUUUGGGUCUGAACCUUCUUUCUCUUCCACUGAACACCAAUGGGAAAUGUAAUGCCAAACACCAGUCAGAGCUAUGGGCUGCAUGUUUUAUUACAAAAAUGGGAGAGUUACACACAAACACACACACAUGCGUGCAUUUGCACACACACACACACACAUACAGAGGUGUCAAAAGCAACAACUCACCACGCUCCAUGAUGUACUUUCUCUCACACACGCACGCAUGCACACACACUAACUAAAAUGAAGUUUAGAUAUUAAUUCUCUCCAUCCAUGUAUUGUUCCAACUCCUCUCUCUUGACUCCCUCCCUGAUGACAGUAGUGUUUGCCAAUGUUCAGAUUAGAGACUGUUGACUCUGAGUAUGCACUGCAACACAAUCUGCCACGUAUUGAUAGUCAGGCAUUUAGGCUUUGCCUGUCCCGUGCCAAGACUGAGAUUCUGUGUCACAGAAAUCAUUGCCUUGAAUUUCAGUCUCUUUUUUUAUUUUAUUUUUUAUUUUUUUAAUGUGUCUGAUAUUUCCAGACUUUGCCACCUAGCCUUUGCAGUCAACAUAGUGCACACUCCAAGAGAAGCAAUUCAUGUUCAAACAAUUAACUUUUGCACUGACUAAUUCUCAAUGAUUCCAACCAAAAUCAGAGAUCACAUAAGAAACAGAAAUUCUGAGGAAUCAGUUCCAUUUCUUCAUUCACUUUUACUUGACCUCACCACCAUAUGUAAUGUGAACCAGAGAUACUUGGACAAAUAUAGCCUUGAAACUGGAAACGUGUAGUGUCUGCGGUUCUUGACAGAUGUGGGAGACAGUUGAAACUGAGACAAUAAAACAGCUCUGGUUUCUGUCUGAUUGCAGAAAUGUGUGUGCCUGUCUGUGUGCAUGCGCGUGUUGAAUUGAUCUCAGCCGACCAUUGCUGUUCUUGUCUGGGUGCAUCUCAGUGAAAAAUAAACAAAUAUAUAAUGCUUAGAAUUGCCACUAGGUGUCAGGGUAGAUCUUCUUUGCUGCCAACACGGUGGGACUUAAAAUACUCACAACUAUGAAGCAGAGCCCCCUUCUAACACUUCCACAUACCUUUGAGUGGCCCUGACGCAUAGACCUCACCCUAACACACCGGCAACAACACACACACCUUAAUAUCGUCUUCAUCGUUGUGACCGAAAAGCCAAUUCACCCCUCCAAUGCCAGCAUCAUCAGUCUUGCUAAUGCUUACAGGAAUUAAGUUGAAAACAAAUUGUAUUUGGAUAAAGUCAUCUGUCUAUUUUAUGGCGGAGAGAUGAAGAAUAAAAGAGAAAAUCCAGCACCCUUGUAAUGAUAUUAAAUAGGCUAGGUCAACAGCCUAAGAUAUGCAAUGACAACUUCCUAUUCAAAAUCUUUAUAGACAGAGAGUAGAAAUACAAAACAAAAACAUGACAUUUCUCAUGUCACUUUUCAAACGUGAACAGAAAAGCUGCCUUAACUCUCGCUUGUGUACUACUCUACAGUGCAGUUGAUGAUGCUCGCCAGUAAGACUCCCCACUUUGUACAAAAGAAAAUAGACAAAAAAUAACUUUAUGUUGCUAGUGUUGAUGUAUAGAUUAUCAGCUUUUUUUGUGACUUGUAUAAACCCAACCCUCACAUUUUGCUAAAAGACCCUUCUUCCUACAGCACCAACAACUCAUACUUGUCCCAAACAUCCCCCUAUCCCUUAUAAAUUUCAUCUUAUGGUGAAUUCUCAACCUUUUUGUGUACAUUUUAUAGUAUUAUUUAUUAUUGACAAAUCUUUGCAUUUGCAAAUAGAAAAUAAAGUUUUUUGGACUGGGCAUUUUGUUUAAAUGUCAAUGCUUGGUGAAGAGUGAAUUGUUUCUUUUAUAAUUAAAGUGAAGAAAACAGCAAGAAAUGGAAAUAACCCUUGUCUUUUUAUUAUGAAGUUGUUACUAUAACUUGUUGCCAAGAUUGCUUUGAAAAUAAUAAUUUUGUGCUGUAACAGUAUUUGCUUUAUUCAGUGAAUUGCUUAUGGAGACUAAUAAAUAGAGGCACACACCAA